GGGAUCCAGAUGUUCUUCUAUUUAACACUUGGGGGAGCAGAAGUCUUCCUUUUGGGAGCCAUGUCCUAUGACAGGUAUGUGGCCAUUUGUCACCCUCUCUGCUAUCACAUCUUCAUGAACCAUAGAGUUUGCAUACUCCUUGCAACUGUCUGUUGGUUUUUGGGCUCCAUUGAUGGUUUCAUGCUCACCCCUAUAACCAUGAGCUUCUUAUUUUGUAAAUCCCGAGAGAUCCAGCACUUCUUCUGCGAAGUUCUCGCCUUGUUGAAAAUCUCCUGCUCAGACACCUCUCUCUAUGAGAGUGUCAUGUACGUGUGCUGUGUCCUUAUGCUCCUCAUCCCUCUCACAGUUAUUUUAAGUUCUUACUCCUUUAUCCUCCUCACAGUCUAUAUGAUGAAUUCGGCUACUGGUCGUAGGAAAGCAUUUGUCACAUGUUCUUCCCAUGUAAGUUUUGUUAUUCUCUUUUAUGGAGCUGCUGUUUAUAACUACAUGUUCCCUGCCUCUUAUCAUACUGUUGAAAAGGAUAUGAUGGUGUCUGUCUUCUACAAUAUCCUAACACCUGUUAUAAAUCCUCUCAUCUACAGUAUCCGGAAUAAAGAGGUCACAGUAGCUUUGAAGAAAAUAUUAUGGUCAAAGCUGAUUUUAGCUUAUUUUCAGAAGUAG